UGUCCUCCCCCCCAGCCUCCCCCGGAAGAUUACGAGAUCCACGAUGUGAUCAUCAUUGGUGCUGGCCCUUGUGGUCUCGCUGUUGCAGCACGACUGAGCGAAGAAACCCCUUCGGCGGUCUUCACAGACGAAGAACACCAACGUUAUCACUGGAUCAAGAAACACAGCGGACGGAUGAACCUAGUACAAGCUCGGCACAAUAAGAUAAAUGGAGUACGGGCAACGAAAUGGGACAGAGAGAAUCAAUGCCCUCGUGGGGGAAGUGGUCGGCGCGCUUCAACGGACUCGACUUCUUCAGUCCCAUCCUUGUCGGCUUCCUCGACCACAUCCACAUCCUCUGUCUCAUCCCUGGUUCUUGAUGGAUCGGGAGAUAAAUGGAUGCAGCGCUGGAACAAUGCGUUCAAAACACUGGAGAUCAGGCAACUUCGCAGUCCAAUGUUCUUCCAUGUCGAUCCCGGUGACCGGGAUGGUAUGUUGGCCUAUACGCAGGAGAGUGGAAGAGAUACAGACUUGUGGGAGAUUCCAAAUUGUGUCGGGAAGGAAAUGAGCAAACACAAGAAGAAGAAGAGAAGACAAGGCGGCAAAAAUCAAACUAUUGGUGGCGAAAUCGACGAGCGAGACCGGAAAGACUAUUUCUCUCCCUCGACAGGCCUAUUCGCUGAUUACUGUGCCUCUAUCAUUGAUCGAUAUUCUUUGGACGAACCGGGUCAGAUCUUGCAGUGCGAGGCCACCGAUCUCUCCUAUGACUAUCUCUCGGAUAACUCGGAUUCAAAGGUGUUCACAAUCACCACUUCAGCCGGAAAAAAGUUCUAUAGUAGGACUGUAGUCCUUGCCAUUGGUCCCGGUGGUGCAGGAGUGUCCAAAAAUUUCCCAUGGAAGCCAUCAUCUGAGCAAGAGGGAGCAGCUGCAUGUUGCCACAGCAUGGAGAUCAAGCAGUUCCCCAGCCCCGGUGUACGCGAUAAGAUUCAACGACGCCAAGAGACAAAUAUUGUCGUUGUUGGAGGAGGAUUGUCAUCGGCGCAGAUUGUCGAUAUGGCUGUCCGCAAAGGCGUCACAAAAGUGUGGUUUAUUUUGCGAUCUGGGUUGAAAGUUAAACAUUUUGAUAUUAAUCUGUCCUGGAUGGGCAAGUACAAGAACUGGGAGAAAGCGGCGUUUUGGUCCGCUGACACCGAUGAAGAACGCUUGGAGAUGAUUCAAAAUGCCCGCAAUGGAGGCAGUAUCACACCUCGAUACACGAAGAUUGUGAAACAGCACGCGGCACGGAAUCGCGCCUCCAUUCACCCCUGCACCGAGAUCAAAAAACACGAGUUCAAUUCAGAGAGCCAAACAUGGACCCUGACAACCAACCCGCCAAUCCCAGACCUACCACCCAUCGACUUCAUUUAUUUUGCAACAGGAGCAAAGGCCGACGUGCGUGAAAUGCCACUGCUCCGUGAAAUGAACGAUCAAUACCCCAUUGAGGUCAAAGCGGGUCUUCCAUGUCUGACCAACGACCUGUCCUGGAGGAGUGACGUCCCCUUGUUCAUGACGGGACGCAUGGCAUCCCUGCGACUUGGGCCGGGGGCGCCGAAUUUAGAAGGUGCCAGAGCGGGCGCGGAACGUGUCGCGUGGGGAAUUGAAGAGGUGCUGCAGAAGGGCGAGAAGGCUGACGAGCAGUGCGAAGGGUUCUGUGGCCUUGGUAAUCGGUAUGCUUCAUUGAUUGAUGGAUGA